AUGGUCCAGAUCUUGGGAUCUUAUGAAGACGGCGGCACCGUCUUUCUCUUACUGGAAGUCGCCCUUCUCGCCGCCAUGGUGAUCGCGGCGGGGAACACUACCCUGGGCAUUAUCGCUUCCGUAGGUCGCCUCAGGGGAGUGUCGGCGGCGGCCCUGGUGGCGGCCGCCGUUUCGUUGGUGGCUGCGCACGUGAUUCCCCGAUUGUGGCUGGCGCUGGCGGUGGUGCUCCGGGCGCCGGUCGGAGUGGUGCUGGUGGCGGCGACGGCGGCUGUGGCCACGGUGACGCUGGUCUUCGCCGCCAGCCUCCUCCUGGGGGAGUGGCUUGUAGUCAUUUGGCGGGGGUGUAAGAGAAUCAGCGCAUUCAUCGUGGAUGUCAAGUGA